AGCGGCAGGCGGUAGCUUUUCGGCGCCAUUUCAUUGUAGAACUGUUCGGCGUUUAUUUGGUGGAAACAUAACAGUGGACAAAUUUGGAACAUAAAAAGAAUCCGGAUCCAUCCUAAUGGAAACGGCCGUUAACCCGCCCCUUGACAGCAGCUCUCUGGGAGUGGUGGGGCUGUCUGGCGGCGGGAUGGAGCACCAUGCCUCGGGCCCAGGCAAGCGCAUGCGGAAGCCCUCGCUGCUGUAUGAAGGCUUCGAGAGCCCCCAGCUGCCGUAUGCGCCGCCCCCUCCCCCGAUCCAGCCCCCCGUCAGGGACCCCGGCCGGCAGGGCUGCAUGACCAACCAGCUGCAGUUCCUCCAGAAGGCUAUGAUCAAGUCCCUGUGGAGACACCAUUUUGCCUGGCCCUUCCAUGAGCCAGUGGAUGCCUUCAGACUCAACCUCCCAGAUUAUCACAAGAUCAUCAAACAGCCCAUGGACAUGGGAACCAUCAAGAAGCGGCUGGAGAACAACUACUACCGCAGCGCCAGUGAGUGUAUGCAGGACUUCAACACCAUGUUCACCAACUGCUACAUCUACAACAAGCCCACAGAUGACAUUGUGCUGAUGGCCCAGUCCCUGGAGAAGGUGUUCCUGCAGAAGGUGGCCCAGAUGCCCCAGGAGGAGAUUGAGCUGCCCCCUCCUGCCCCCAGGGGCAAACCGGGCAAGCCUGGCAAAGGAGGCCGCAAGUCCAAUGCAUCGAAAGCUCACCAGGUCCCUGCGGUGUCCCAGUCAGCAUACUCCCCCUCCUCCUCUGACACGGGUGACUCAGACACCCCUCAUCAGACCAUGCUGCCCAAGAGUCUGCCCCCCACACAGCUGCUGAGCUGCCCCCCCACACUGCCCACCUCCAAGAAGAAGGGAGUGAAACGGAAGGCGGACACCACCACUCCCUCCACCAUGAUGACCAUGCCCCUGGCCGUAGGAGGGGGUCGGAUGGUGGGCCUUGGGAAAGGAGGCCACGGGCAAGGCCUGAGCCAUGACCCCUCCACCCUCUCCCUCACCUCCCUGGGGGACAUGGACCCCCCUCCCAGCCUGGUUAGAGGACCCAUGGGCCCAGGAGGCCCCGUUCUGCUCCAGCCCAUGAUGGCCGGAGGCGGGAAGACCCUAGUUCGGCGCGGUGGCAGUGGACGCCCCAUCAAGCCCCCCAAGAAAGACCUGCCGGACUCUGUGCAGCCCAAGGCGCCACGGCGGGCCAAGUUGAGUCAACAGCUGCGUUACUGUAGCAGCGUGCUGAAGGAUCUGCUGUCCAAGAAACACGCAGCCUACGCCUGGCCCUUCUACAAGCCCGUGGACGCCUCGGCCCUGGGCCUGCACGACUACCACGACAUCAUCAAGUGCCCCAUGGACCUCAGCAACAUCAAGAGGAAGAUGGACAGUCGGGAGUACAGGGAUUCGCAGCAGUUUUCCGCUGACGUCCGACUCAUGUUCUCCAACUGCUACAAAUACAACCCCCCCGACCAUGACGUAGUGGGCAUGGCCCGCAAGCUGCAGGACGUGUUUGAGUUCCGCUUCGCCAAGAUGCCCGACGAGCCCCUUCAGCAGGCUCCUCCCAAGUCCCGUGGCAUGGGUGGCGGCAUGGGCACUCACGCUCACGGCGGCGGCGACUCCUCGUCUUCUUCCUCGUCGUCAUCGUCCUCCUCCUCCUCGUCGGAGAGCGAGCCCAGCAGCGAGAGCGAGAGCAGCUCGGACAGCGAGGAGGAGCGAGCACACCGCCUGGCCGAGUUACAGGACCAGGUGUGUACACAGCUCCGAGCCGUACACGAGCAGCUGGCAGCCCUCUCCCAGGGCCCAAUCGUCAAGAACAAGAAGAAGAGGGAGAAGAAAGACAAGAAGGAGAAAAAGAAGAAGAAGAAGCCGGAGAAGCGAAGCCGAGGACGGCCCAGCGCGGCGGUAGGGGGUGAGGACUGGGAGAUGCUGACGGCCAAGCCGGUGAGGACUACGAAGAGUAAAUCCAGGAGCUCAGCUCCCGCCUCCUCACAGGGCAAGAGAGGCCCCGGCAAGAAGAAGGGCAGCAAAAACACCAAAAAGUCCCAGGCUGCUACCAUGCCCUACUACGCCCCGCCUGCCUUCUCCAUGCUGCCCCACUAUGACUCCGAGGAGGAGGAGGAGACGUCUCCCAUGUCGUACGACGAGAAGCGCCAGCUGAGCCUGGACAUCAACAAGCUGCCUGGCGAAAAGCUGGGCCGCGUCGUCCACAUCAUCCAGUCCCGCGAGCCCUCGCUGCGCGACACCAACCCCGAGGAGAUCGAGAUCGACUUUGAGACGCUCAAGCCGUCGACGCUGCGCGAGCUGGAGCGCUACGUCAUGACGUGCCUGAGGAAGAAGCCCCGUAAGCCCUAUGUGAAGAAAGGGGGCCCCGGCAAGUCCAGAGAGGAACUGGCCCUGGAGAAGAAGAGUGAGCUGGAGAGGAGGUUGCAGGAUGUCAGCGGACAGCUCAACUCUGGCAAGAAACCCCAGAAACCCAAGGCGGAGAAGCUCAGUGGCGUGGAGCCUCACGCCCAGCCCUCCCGCCUCAGCGGCAGCAGCUCCAGCUCAGACUCUUCCUCCUCCUCGUCAUCCUCCUCCUCUGACACCAGUGAAUCAGACUCGGGUUGAUGAGACAGUGGGAGAGGGAGGGAACCCCCGUCGAGCUCAGGGACAUGCGGCAGCCCCAGGACGACGUCUCCUGGGGCAGUCAAGGGAGGGAAAAGAGUGCCCCUCCCUCGACAGGCACCCCAGCACGAACACUCCCAAGAUGAAUGAUGAUGGUGGGAUUUGUGUGCAGGGUGGAGGACGCGUGAAGGUCACUAAGGAUACUGAAGACCAGAAACAUAUUGAGAGUUCAGCCAGGUUUAAGAACAGCUGCCAUGUUAGAGCCUUUAUUCUCGAAAUGUUGGUAAUGUAACAAUACGAGAGAGCCUCUGACAGUUCCCUAUGAAAUGACCAUUCAGGAUAAUGUAUAUCCAAGUCUUUACUGUGUUGUGGUGUCAACAAAUUGCAUAUCUGCUUUCACUGGACAUCUUCAUAGCUUUUGAAACUAUCAGAAAUAAACAGCGCAGAAGCGUCAAUUAUCACUUACAAUGGCUAUGGAGAAGGAAGUGGCACUCUCGGAAUGUUCAGACAGAAACCGCAUCGGACCAACUCUCUCUGACUCUGCUCAAGACCCCCAACACAAAUGCCUUGUUAUCCCUCUCCUCCCUGUGUAAAUACUUGUACAAUUUAUCUACGUUUCUUUUAUAAAGAAGAAUUUUAUGGCGAUCCCCCAAAGAGGGAGACUGAGGAGCAGUGAAAGGAUGUGGAGAGAUUUGCCCAGCCCCAUGUUGGACACUUCUUGAUGUGCAAUCAUAGAUUGAUAAGAACUGAAUGGGUAUAAGCAGUAUGGCAGAAACCCCACUUGCCCUCCCAGAAAGCUAUGUGGAGUGAGAAUUGUAAUGCUUACACUUAUCUGUUCUCUCACUACGAGGCCGUCACUGUCUAGUGGUUGAUUUUCAGAUCUGGUAGUUAUGUCUUUUCUGUCAAGUCUUAUAGCUGCAGUUCACGAGUCAGUACUUUUUGUUGUUGCUUUCUGUGUUUCAUUUUACAUCUGUUCUUACUGCUAACAGACCAACAUUCAGCUGGACAUAAAGUUCAGAGGCAGGAGAGUUUUAUUUCCAUUCCAUAUGUUCCUCUUAAGAGAUCUAACUACUGAAACUCUUUUUCUUGACAGUGAGAUUUGUCAUACAUGUAUGGCACUUACCAUUAAGAAACAGCCCAGUUGUCAUUUCUCAGGAAAGGAGUAGGUUUCUUGAUGGUGACACUGCAGUCUUAAUCACAGCAGUCAUAGAAACUGAUCAGUCUGCAAUUCUGUUUGUGCUUAAAGGAAGAUUCCACUCAAUCAUUUGGUAUUUGUUUCGUUAGUCCACUGUUGAUACAGUUCCACAAUGUUUUGCAUGUCAGCCAUCAAGUUUUCAACAUAGAACUUUCAAAAUACAGAAAGUGUCACAGUAUGAUGCGCUUUGUAAGCUAACCGGUGGUUAGAUGUUAAAUCACCGUGAAUACAAGAGCAGACAUCCUACGUUGAAGUUUGGACCAAGAGAUACACCAGAUGAGAUGUAUAGAAGCUAGGCUGUUAGAUCUCUUUAAGGAAAGUGUGUGUAUAUAGAUGUAUAGUACUGUAUUUCAGUGGUCAAAUGAUCAUGUUUCUUUCUACCAGUGAGUCUAUUUUCCUGUCUUGCUUUUCUUUUAUACUCUAUUUAUCCUCCACUUAGUCAUGCUUUAUUAUUCCAGAACAUGUCCUGAACAUUGUUUUGCCUCCUGGUUGACUGGAUUGCUGCUCAGAAGCAUGCCAGUCAUUUGAAAACUGUAUAUAUUAAAAUGAGACCUUCUAUAAA